AUGAUUAAUACAAAAAACUUGGAUAAACAAAUAGAUAUUUUAAAAAAAUGUCAACUUCUUGCGGAAAGUGAAGUAAAAGCUUUAUGUAAUGAAGCAAAAUUAUUAUUAAUUAAUCAAGAAAAUAUAAGAUAUGUAUCGUUACCAGUAAUAAUAUGUGGUGAUAUACAUGGACAGUUUUAUGAUUUAAAAGAAUUAUUUAAUAUUGGUAAUGAAUUACCUGAAACUAAUUAUAUAUUUUUAGGGGAUUAUGUAGAUAGAGGAAAAUAUAGUAUUGAAACUUUUUUAUUAUUAUUAGCUCUAAAAUUAAAAUAUCCAAAUCAAAUAACAUUAAUUCGAGGUAACCAUGAAAGCCGACAAAUAACUGAAGUAUAUGGUUUUUAUGAUGAAUGCAUAAAAAAAUAUGGAUCAGUAAAUGUAUGGAAAUAUUGUACAGAAGUUUUUGACUAUUUACCUAUAAGCGCAAUUAUUAAUGAAUAUUAUUUUUGUAUACAUGGGGGUUUAUCACCUUCUUUUGCAAAAAUUGAUGAUUUAAAAAAAAUAAAAAGAAUACAAGAAAUUCCGAGAUAUGGAACUUUAUGUGAUAUAAUGUGGUCAGAUCCAUCUGAUAUAAAUGGAUGGGAAAAAAGUCCAAGAGGUGCAGGUCAUUUAUUUGGUUCUGACAUUGUUCAUAAAUUUUGUUAUAUUAAUAAUAUACAACUUAUAGCUAGAGCUCACCAAUUAAUAAUGGAAGGAUAUAAAUGGUGGUUUGAUAAAAAACUUGUUACUAUUUGGUCUGCUCCUAAUUAUUGUUAUCGUUGUGGAAAUAUUGCUAGCAUUAUGCAGAUCGAUGAAAAUUCAAAUUUCACUUUUAAAUGUUUUGGUCCAUCAUCUGUUGAGGAUACUUCUCCAACUUUUUUAAAAAAACAGCCACCGAUAUAUUUUUCAUGA